AUGAUUCAAGAAUGGGUGAACUUGGGCAUGUGGUGGCUUCAGUCCAUGCUGAAAGAUUGGUGGGCCUUAUGCUUGUCCUUGUGCUUGGUUUUGUUGGUAAGCCUAGUGUUGUUGCUGUCAACUAAUGAAGGUCUACUGCGUCAAGUGGAGGGUAAAAUAGGAGGAGUUUUGUUGGAAUUGGGAAGUAAAAAGCUACUGGAUAAGGCAGGUCUCCAGAAAAAACAAAUUUUUGUUGGAGGAACCACCAAUGUCAUUAUGCACUACUAUGAAAGAAAUCCCACCAAUGACACCACCAAUGACACAACCAAUGACACCACCAAUAGUAGUACUAGCAGUAGUUGUAAGACCAUCCUGCUGUGCCAUGGCAUGACCAGUGAGUCCAAGAACAUGUCCACUUUGGUGAAACUGCUGGCUGAAGCUUUUCCCACUUGGAGAAUGAUAGCUCCUGAUUGUCUGGGCCAUGGACAUGACUUGCAAAGAGCUAUACAACUCUACCAAAAUGGACAAGAUUUUGAAUAUCCCAGUCCUGAACAAAUGGGACACUGUGUCAUGGAUCUCCUGGAUACACUGAAAAUCGAACAAGUAUACGCUUAUGGAGCUUCCAUGGGAGGAGCACUUGUCUAUUUCCUUCAACAAAAACGACCAGAGUUGGUCACCCAUGCAAUGCUCAUUUCUCCUGCAGUUGAAGCCGUUCUCGAUGACAAAUUCUUGGCGGAUUGGGAAUCAGGACGCAAAAAGCACUUUUGCUGGACCAGUAGAAACGAUGUGGAGCUAUUCAUGCAAGACUUGUCGUGUCCUCAACGAAAAGCAAAUCCCAUUCCAUCCUUCAUGCUACAAGCCAUCUGGGAAGAACGUCAACGAAACGAACCACCCGGACACUUCAAAAAUUACUUUAACAAUCUACUCGAGCACAAGGGAAAGGAUCCAGAUUGGAUGGGAACUCCCGUCGAUUGUGCUCCAGAACUACCACGUCUCGUUCUAUGGCCCGAGGAAGACUUUAUUUCCAAUUUCAAAAAGGGAAAAGCUUUCUUUCAAAAAUCACACAAUACACAGUUCCUACCCUUGCCCGAUUGUGGACACUUGUUCCAUGCCGACGGAAAGACGGUCCUCGUGCAUGCCGCACCCUACUUUAUCGACUACAUUCAAAAACAGGAACUCUCCAUUGACAAAGCGAAGGAUGAAUUGUAGCUCGUCGGGAAUCAAUCACAACGCACUCAACAAGCACCAUACCAUACUCCGUCCCGGUCGUGAUUAUUCGAUCAAUAUACAGUACCAGUACCUACCGGUAGCAACCAACUAUCAUACCAUCGUGCGCUUUUUUUAAUUGAUCAAUCUUUUCGUUUUGGUUCCGCACGGGCGUCCAAAAUAAUGUAGCUCCAUCGUUUUUGGCCUCGUGAUCCGUCACGGAUUG